AUGAUGCAAGCUAGGAAGAUCAAGUACGACGUCAUCGGACUGACCGAGACGAGAAGGCAUCGCCCGCUGCACGCUGUAUUUGAGACUGGAGAAGAACUGUUCCUUGGAACAUGCGACAGUAGAGGCGUCGGCGGCGUAGGUGUCCUCGUCAAUACGCACUUGGCCAUGAACAUCGAUUCGUACGAAAGCUUAACAACCCGAAUCGGACGUUUGCGAUUGAGAAGAUGCGGUUCAAUCCCAGCUCUAACCAUCUUCGUUGCUUACGCACCAACAUCGAGCUACGAAGAAGAGGAGUUGGAAGCGUUUUAUAUGGAUCUGGAGAGGCUCUACAGAGAAGACCACACUUUCUUCAAGGUCAUCGUCGGUGAUUUUAACGCCAAGAUCGGCCCCAGAAGAACGGCUGAAGAGCUUCACAUCGGGACUCACGGAGUGGAAUGGAAUGAGCAGGGUGAAAGGCUGUCCGAGUUUAUCAUGACGACCCACACCAUCCAUGGUAACUCGCAGUUCCAGAAGCCCUCUCAUUUAAGAUGGACAUGGGAGUCACCUGGUGGACAGUUCCAUAAUGAAAUAGACCACAUCAUCUUCAAUCGGAGAUUUUGCCUGACCGACGUCGCUGUUGUUCCGAAGUUCUACACGGGAUCAGACCAUCGACUCCUCCGCGCUAGAUUCUGCUUCUCAGUGCGUGGGGAGAGAGCUAUGAAGUUUCGGAAACGAAGCCCCAAGACCUCCAUCAACAGGGAUCACUUCGCUUCCCUUGCGAGUAAAUGGGAGGAUUCCGUUAUCGACAACAUCGACGAGGAAUACAACCGGCUCGUCGAGCAUCUUCACGAUAGUGCUACGAAAGCAGAGAGUCUACAAGUAGCCAAGAGACGACUCUCUUCGAAGACUCUCGAGCUGAUACGCCAGCGUGGAAUUGCGCGAGCUACAGGCAAUUAUCAACAAACGUCCGAACUUGCGAAGCUAUGCAGAGAAGCGAUAAAAGAAGAUCUGAAAGAGAGAAGAGCAGCAGUCUUCAUAUCACACAAACAUACAUCUGCCCAGUUCUUCGUGAAACCCUUGACCGACAUUACAGCGUUAGUGCCGCAUGUUGUGUUGCCCGCAGUCACAUCCACUGAUAAACAUCUGCUGCUGUCGAAUCUGAUCGUGAAGAAUAAGGGCAGUAUAGUAGGUCACCAUUGGAAUUGA